GAUGGACUAUGACCUUACUGAAUUGUAUUAUCUAUAGUUACUUUGACAUGCCAGUAACGCCAACAUGAAAUGCAAAAUGUUAAUAAAAUUUUGACAAGUUGCUUUGUAAUCAUGGCGUCUGAACGAUACAGUUUCUCUCUUACCACUUUUAGCCCUUCAGGAAAAUUGGUUCAAAUCGAAUAUGCCUUAGCCGCCGUUGCUGCCGGCGGCACCUCCGUCGGUAUUAAAGCAUCCAAUGGGGUUGUGAUUGCAACAGAAAACAAGCACAAGAGCAUUUUGUAUGAUGAGCACAGUGUGAACAAAGUUGAGAUGAUUACUGGACAUAUUGGCAUGGUGUAUUCAGGAAUGGGUCCAGAUUAUCGCCUGCUGGUUUCACAAGCACGUAAGAUGGCCCAGCAAUACUUCCUGAUGUAUCAUGAGCCAAUUCCCACUGCCCAACUAGUACAGCGAGUGGCUACUGUCAUGCAGGAGUACACUCAGUCAGGUGGUGUGCGCCCAUUUGGAGUAUCACUGCUGAUAUGCGGUUGGGAUAGUGAUCGUCCAUAUUUGUUUCAAUGUGACCCCUCCGGUGCGUACUUCGCAUGGAAGGCCACUGCCAUGGGCAAGAACUUCAAUAAUGGAAAAACUUUCCUGGAGAAGAGAUACACUGAAGAUCUGGAGCUUGAUGAUGCAGUCCACACAGCAAUUCUCACACUCAAAGAAGGUUUCGAAGGUCAGAUGACUGCCGAUAACAUAGAAGUAGGGAUUUGCGAUGCGAAUGGCUUCCGUAGACUGGAACCCGCUCACGUCAAGGACUACCUCGCUAACAUACCGUAAUUGUGAUUCUUAAAUAAAUCUGUAUUAUUUUGUAAUUCA